UUGUCAUGUUUUCUCAGAUUAAGAGUUAUAAUGGCUAAGUGGCAUCCCAAGCAAGGAAUCACCCAAAAUAAUUUCUUAAUAAUAAUAAUAAUAAUAAUUUGUAAAACUUUAUCUUCCCUAGUAUGUAUUCGUUUAUCAGUGUCAAUGCAGUGCUGAAAUGAUUUGGGGAUACUACAUAUUUUCCCAUGGAAUGUAUUUCUAAUUUCAUUUGUGUUUGCUAAGAGGUAUGGGACUCAGUGUCUUUUUUUUUUUUUUCGGGCGGGGGGGGGGGGGUCCAUGCUCCUAAUAAUGAGAUCCAGGAUGAUAGUGUUCGAGACAAGGUAUGUGUGAACAGGGUGGUAUUGGAGGGAAGAUGUAAGCUAAAAAAAAAAUAAACUUGAAGUUCAGCCACAAGUGGUCCUCAGUAAUCAUGGACUCAUUACAGGUGGAAUAAGGUCUGACAUUUAACUACACUUCUACUGAGCUGCCACAGGAUAAAGCAAAGGUGUCUUUGUUGCUCAGUGGUGCGCUAGCAGCAAGACUGGAUCUCAUAAAUAAUCACACAUGACUUCCAUGCAAGACUCAUUUUACAUGCCUGUUUUCAGACACUCUCUCUCUCUCUCUCUCUCACUCAUAGUAAUGGGUCAGUACAGGCCUGUCUCUUUUCAUAUCUCUCUUUUUCUCUGGUUUUUGACAGUGCACAUCUAUUACCUCUCCUUCAUCCUUCAUUCCUCCAUCCAACCUGCCCAAUAUCAACCACAAAGCUUGCAUCCCAACUUUUUCCGAAUUGGGGUUGUAGAUGGAUGAAUGGACAGCACUUAUUUUUCCAGCCACUUGGUGUCAUAAUUUUUUGGUAUUACAGGUAAAAUAGGUUACUACUAGACGGUUGGUGUUCCUAGUAUAGCAGCAGGAAUCUCACACUUCCUCAGUCUACAAUGCCUACCUUUGGACCCGGACUUCGGAUACACAGAGAGAAAGAGAGAGAGAGAAAGAGAGCGAGUGCGAGAGAGAGAGAAUGAAUCACCUGCCGUGCUGUUCACCCAGAGAGAGCAGCAGAACCUAUUUCAGUGUCGACGCAGAGAGAAGUUGCUGAUAUUUCUCCUCAGGUCUGUCCGGUUUUAAGCCAUGGAGGUGUGGAGAAGCCGGGUUGAAGAGGGGUUGUGUGAUUGAGGAGCGGAAAUGGAGGCUACUGUGUUAUUACAGGACAGUGAGAAGUUAACCUCAUCCAGGCCUAGACAAAGACACAGAAUCUCACUUCACGGUCUGUGUCCUGCAACCAGCCUGGGGAGAAACAAGGCAUCAGCUGUUGCUCGCUGACUACAGUGAAGAAAAAAGUGUUCUUUGUGAAUGCUUCCUAUUCAGAGACAUCUCCCGUAGCAUUACAGAGCCUGACACCAAAGAAUACUGCUUUACUCUGGAUCAGACUGUGAACCCAGGCUGCCUUGAUGUUUGGCAUGAAUCAAGCCGGAAGGGUGCAGCUCUGUUUGCUUUUUUUCCAAUAUUUUUAUUAACUGUUCAGAAAAUCAAGAGGAUAUUUAAUCAAGGUUGAAUGCACAGAUUUUGCUCUCUGUCCCUACCCUGACAUUGGCGGCAUUCCAGUCCCCUCAUUACAAGCAACAUGUCGGAGCUAGACGCUACUCCUCCUCCGCAAGGCUUCCACCAAGCCGAUCCGUCCCGUAUUCAGCAGGAUAUCCUGGAGGAGCAGGUGGAGCUGUGGUGGUUCAGUGAGCCGCGGAAGUCUCUGAUGUGUUACUGCGCCUCUGUGGCCUUGGUGGUGGGCUGCGGCGUGGGUGGCGUCGGCCUGUUGUCCAGCACCACCAGCCUGUCGAGCGAGUGGCGUCUGGGCACGGGCACGGCACUGUGCAUGCUGGCAUUAGCCGUGGUGCUCAAGCAGCUGCUCAGCUCAGCCGUACAGGACAUGAACUGCGUGCGCAGCCGUCAGCGCGUAGACGUCCUGAAAAGCGGAGGAUUGUCUGACGUACUGGUCGUGCUCCUCACUGGACUUUCCUUGCUCAUCUGCGGAGCUGUGCUGCUCAACGUAGCUCUGGGAUACCACAUGCCCAAACCGGGCCAGGCUCUCAAUGAUAUGUUUAUAUCAGGAGUGGUGUUGUUGGCAGGUGGAGGGUUCACGGUGGUGGCUGUCACCAUUUACUCAAUUGUGGUUUUCCACUUGGUGAGGAUCAGACCCGAGAGGAGCUUGAGAGACAGGAUGCUGGGAAUUUUCACUGUAUCGGGACAGAUGCGUAUCCGACGAGAUACAACGUCAAGCCUGGCUCAACUCAUAUGACUGGAAUUCUAUAUAUUUUAUAUAUAUGGCUUGGGCAAAAGUACAGAAUCUAUGAAGUUGGGCUGUGAAAUGUUUAAAUCUUUAUUUUCCUCAGAAACUACACUCCAGAAGAGGCGAUCGAUAAAGACGCACAGCCCCUAGUGAACGUUUUGCACAGGUGAUUGAUGAAUGUAUAAAACUCCAGCAAUGAUGGUACAAAAUACAUACUGUAUUAUCUGUUUUAAUGCGCAUGCUUGUACUGGUCUCACUGUGCUUUGAAAACACGGCUGGGUCGGCCUUACUCCCAAACCCAAAGCCUUCUCUUGUUCUGGACCAUCAAGUUUUACACAGACCGAUGAAACUAUGAAUCAUUUUUUUUUUUUUUUAGAUAAAACAUGUUGGCUCCUCACAGCACAACCGUCGCCUUCCAAACAUGUAAAUGAGCUUCACCAAACAUCAAUUCACCAUCUGUGGGGAAUUGACUGUGUGUCCUUCACACAUUUAUUUAUGUGGGCGAACAGGCGUGUCCCAAAUGGAGAUCCAUCUGGACCUUGCUUGUCAGAGCUGUUUAAUGUGUGUUAGAACGCAUCAUCCGUGUCGGUUUGCAUGUUUGUGAUUUCAUACCGUGACCUCUCUGUGGCUCGGCGAGAGCAGUACACACUAUCGAUCAGAUAAAACCAGCUCUCCACCCAGAAAGAGAGCGAAGACGCUGACUGUAUCUGAUUGUAUCUUAAAUUACAGCUGUUUAUUAUUAUCGACGUUGUUUCAUAUACCAUAAGCACAUUUAUAACCCUAAACGUAAAACUUUAUUGCAUACAGUAACUCUUACAGUAAAAUAUGGACGUCUGAUUAAAAAGUGUUCUCAAAGAUUUUUAUUUUAAAGCCAAAAAUGUAAUAUGCUAUUGCAUUAUGGGACAUUUUAUUACAUAAUCAGAAUGUCAUUAUGUCAUAUGGCUUGAUUUAGAGGGAUUGAGUACGAAUUAAAAUUUACCAAAACAUUUUAUUUGAAAAAAACAAACAAACAUAAAUUGUAGUUAAAUAUGAAGAAUUCUAAAGAAUUACGUGUACUAAAUGUUAAUAUUAUGAUGAAUAUGAUUAUACAGUGUUGAAUCUUUAGGCAUUAUUAAAAUAAAUUCAUUUUAUUCUUCUCAA